AUGACCAAGCUUACAACACACUUACUUCCACCAGAGCAAUAUGGGGGAAGACAAGGUUAUUGUGCUACUGAUGCUGUUUUGGAACUUGUCCAAAGAAUUGAAACUAGUAAGGAAAAAAUUUCAGCUAUGCUCAUUGAUAUUCAAGGAGCUUUUGAUAAUGUUAACAGAAAUAUAUUGGCACACACAAUGGAGGAUAUGAAACUACCCAAAGCACUUAUAAACUGGACGUACCAAUUUGUAAGUGAAAGAGAAGCUAGUAUGCUCAUGGACCGAAGAAAAGGAUCAGUGCAAAAAAUUAGUACUGGAAUUCCGCAAGGCUCACCUAUUUCACCACUACUUUUUUUGAUAUAUUCCACACCAAUGUAUCAUGCCAUUAAAGAAUGGGGUGGAACUCCUUUUGGCUUUAUUGAUGAUGUGACUAUUACCGUUGAAGAUGAUGAAAAAGUGCAACUUACUUUACCUAAUGGAGAACUUCGUGAACCCCAGAAGGAAGUUAAAUUGCUUGGAAUUACUUUGAACAAUCUGCUUGAUUUUAAAUCUCAUAUUUUGAAUAAAAUCAAUAAAGCAAGAAAAGCUGUUGGUGCUAUUUGGCAUCUUGGUGGCGUGCAAAAGACGAUUGGAAUUUUGAAGAAACAAGCAAUGGAAGAAUGGCAAGAAAUGUAUUGGAACAGCAGUAAGGAUCUGUGGUAUCAUAAUAUCACAGUGGAGUCGAAAUGUACUGAUAAUCUUUCCAAAAUGGUUACGGGAGUGAUCAUGAAGAAAGAUAGUCGAAGGAUCUUGAGUAAUAUUACUCAAUUUCGCACAGGCCAUGGCAACUUUGGCGCAUGGUUUAAAAAGUUUGAAUUGAAAAGGAUAGUUACAACUGCAAAUGUGGAGAGCUGGAAACAGUUCAUCACAUUUUAG